AUGGAGCAGUUCUCUUCCGGCCAGAGGUGUUACAAUUCUAUCACUCCUGAUUCCCAGAAUGACUUCGGCAGCUACAACUGCACCGCCUCCAACGCGAUGGGCUCUGAGUCCAAGGAGUUCCUUCUGAUCCAAGCAGAGGUGCCAUCCUCUCCAGAGAUCCAGCAGGUGGACCCUUUCUCCAGCACCGCGGUGGUGAGCUUUGAGGAGCCUGACUCCAUGGGGGGGGUCCCCAUCAUCAGAUACAGGGUGGAGUGGCGUCUGAUUGGCCAGGACUGGAAGAGCAUGGAGCACGACGCUAAAGACGACCUGAUCAGCAUCACCAUCGCUGGCCUGAAGCCGGAGACCACCUACGAGGUCAAGAUGUCCGCCAUCAACGGAAAAGGAGAAGGCGAGAGCAGCGCGGCGAGCAGCUUCACCACCGAGCCCGUCCCUCCUCUCUCCUCUAUUCUCACGCCAAGACCCCUCAUCCCUUUUCACAGAAUCCAGGACGAACGCUAUUCACUUCAUAAUCCAGCGUAGUUCACAGAGUGGUGCAGGGAUGACAGGUUUUUGUAGUGGACCCUGAAGGCAUCAUCUCCCUGGUUCCCUCCACAAAAAGCCAAUGGGGAUUUUUCAAUUGGAUUUUUGAUUAUUGCAGAAAAUAAGAUCUGUGGCAAACACGCGUUUAUGAUACUUUCACAUUUUGUUCAGCAGGAUAAUCUCCACAUAUCAACACCACUUUAACAAUAGUUGAAGGAACAAAUGUAAUCUCUAGAAAUAAAACGCUAACGUUAGUCUAUAAAGGAACUAGAGCACGGUCACAUGACUUCACGUCACCACCGCUAAGCUAAAGGCGGCUAAUGUUGGGCUAUAAAGGAACUACAGCACGGUCACAUGACUUCACGUCACCACCGC